UACCUCUCUUACUGAAACACACACACACACUCUCUCUCUCUCUCUCUCUCUCUUGAUUGCUUCCUCUGCGAAACCCGGCCCCCUUUAUUUCUUUCACAAAAGGCAGAUCCAAGGCACUCGGUUAAUCUGUCAUCCGCCCAUCAGUCAAUCAAAUCAAAAUCAAAAUCAAAUCAUACACCCAAUCAAUUUCUAAAGGAAUCAAAGGGAGAGAGAGAGAUGUCCUCCUCCUCCUCUUCAUCAUCUUCCAACUUGUCAUUGGACCACCAUCAGCUCCCUCCCCACUCCUCCUCCUCCGACCAGCUCUGCUACGUCCAUUGCACCCUCUGCGACACCGUCCUUGCUGUGAGUGUUCCUUGCACUAGCUUGUUCAAGACCGUCACGGUCCGAUGCGGCCACUGCACAAAUCUCCUCCCUGUGACCAUGCGAGCUGGGUUCCUUGUUCCUUCUUCGAAUGCAAAUCAGCUUCAUCUCACUCACUCUUUCUUCUCUCCUAAUCCCCAUAAUCUUUUGGAGGAGAUCACAAACCCUAACCCUAACUUCCAGAUCAACCAGGCCAACCCCGGGGAUUUUUGCCCACCGGUUCGAGGAGGACUUGAUGGGAUUUCAAGGCCGCCAGUCGUGAACAGACCUCCGGAGAAAAGACAGAGAGUCCCCUCCGCCUACAACCGAUUCAUCAAGGAGGAGAUCCAACGAAUUAAAGCAGGAAAUCCAGAUAUUAGUCACAGGGAGGCCUUCAGUGCUGCUGCCAAGAAUUGGGCCCACUUUCCACACAUUCACUUUGGUCUCAUGCCUGAUCAGACAGUGAAGAAGACUUCUACCGUGCGUCAACAGGAGGGAGAUGUCCUUAUGAAAGAUGGUUUCUUUGCUUCUGCAAAUGUGGGUAUCUCUCCUUACUGACUAGGGGAGCUGCCUCUCUCUCUCUCUCUCUCUCUCUCUCUCUCUCUCUCUUAAGGGCUUGAGGUUCAAAUGCUAGCUAGUAGAGAGCCAAUUAGUUAUGUUACUCUUUUUAGAGUGUUUAUGCUUUGCUAGCAGGCAUGUAAAUCCUAGUCCUUCUAACUCGUGUACUUUUGCUUGAAAAACAUCAACCUUUUAAUGUUUCACAUUUCUCACCUGUAUAUGUAGCUUCUUCCUA